AUGGCACCCAAGAAGCGCAACACUAAGCCAGACCCAGCAAGCAAAUCUGCAGGAUCGCCAAAGAAGCGCUUCCGCCUGGAUGCUUCCGGCUCCAGGGCAGCGAUUGAUCUGGAUGAGGACGAAGCUCCGACACAGAAGCCCAAGGCAAAGGCAAGCCCCCAGCCCAAAUCUGCUGCCAGCGGGUCAAAGUCAGAUCUUCCCAAGGUAAAUGAUGCAUCGGCCCGGCUUCCUUUGGCAGGCGUCACCAUGGUCUUCACCGGCGAGAUGGAUGCCAUGGCCCGCAACGAUGCCGAGGAGAAGGCCAAGGCCGCGGGCGCCAAGGUGCUUGGUGCAGUCUCCGGCAAUGUCCAGUACUUGGUGGCUGGCUCCAGACUAGACGAUGGCCGGACAGUUGAAGAGACAUCGAAGUACAAGAAAAUGAUGGAGUUGAAGGAAAAGGGCAAGAAGCACCCUUCUCUGCUCAGCGAGGCUGAGUUCCUGGCACUCCUUCCAGAUGCACCCACAAAGAAGUCGGUGCCCGUGGAAAGGUUACCAAUCGUCUCCACGCCGGAGGGCUCUGUGCAGAACUGGGUGGACAGAUUCGCUCCGAAGUCCUUCGACCAGCUGAUCGGCAACGCUAGCGUGGUCAAGAAGCUGACAGAGUGGCUGCGAGAUUGGGAUGACGUGGUCUUGAAAGGCAAGACCAAGAAGGCCGCCUUCAAGCCAGGUGGCGGGAUGCCUGAGAACAUCAAUGCCCGGGCUGCCCUCAUCAGCGGCCCACCGGGCAUUGGAAAGACGACAGCUUGUCGACUGGUUGCCCAUCUUCAUGGUAGCUACCAGGUUCUGGAGUACAAUGCGUCAGAUUCCCGCGGUCAGAAGAUCAUCCAGGAGAUGGCGAGUGGCAUCGCAGACAACCGCACUUUGAGCUUCGGAGGGCAGUUGGGCAAGAAGGUUCCAGCCCUGACUAAAAAAGCGGUCAUCAUCAUGGAUGAGGUCGAUGGUAUGGGAGCGGGGGACAGAGGCGGCAUGGCAGCACUCAACAGGAUGAUCAAGAAGACCAGGAAUCCCAUCAUCUGCAUUUGCAAUGACUCGCACAGCCCCAAGGUGCGCUCCUUGGCGUUCAACUGCUACGACCUCAAGUUCACCAGGCCGACGAAAGCCACGGUGGCGCAGCGCUGUGCGCGCAUUGCAGCCGCCUCAGGCCUCCAGGUGGAUGAGAACGCCCUCGAGGCCUUGGCCGAGUCCUGUGGCAGCGACAUGCGUAUGGUACUGAAUCAUCUCCAGAUGCUGACAAAGUCUGAAGCGUUCAUGUCAGCGGGCGUCGACUACAUGGACAUGAAAGAUCGAAUUCGCCAGAACACCAAGGAUCAGGCGAUCAUGCUCGGGCCUUUUGAUGCAUGCAAGAAGCUCCUGAACGCUUCGGAGGGCGCCAGACUCUCCUUCCGCGAUCGCCUGGAUCUCUUCUUCGUGGAUCACUCCCUCAUGGGACUCCUGGUCCAUGAAAACUUCCUGAACUCCGUUGCGAAGAAGCCGGUGACUGGGGAUCUGGUGCAAAGGUGCGCCAUAUCUGCUGACCUCAUGGCGAUGGGGGAUGUGGUCGGCGCAAGGAUUCGGGAGCAUCAGGAAUGGAGCCUGCUUCCUGACUUGGGCAUCCUCUCCGCAGUGUACCCGGCGUUCUUGACGCACGGGUUCGUGGGUUUCCCAAGCUUCCCUGCCUUUCUGGGCAAGUACUCCAGCCAAAGCAGGAUGCGCCGCCUUGCCACAGAGCUCCAAACGCAUUUGAGGCUCACAACUACGGCCAGUCGAGCCUCCUGGCCGACCUCACCCUAUGUGGAGCUCUUGUAUAAGAAGCUGCUGAAGCCUUUGCUGGAAGCCGACGAUGCCUCGGAGGCUGUGAAAGACGCGGUCAGCUUGCUGGAUGUGUACGGCCUGCGCAAGGAGCACCUCACGGAGCACCUCACGGAGCUCAGGCGGGAUGUUGGUGUAGCCAACUUUUCGGCCGAUCUGGGGCCGAAAUCGGAGUCGAAGGCGGAGGUAGCGAGUCGCCUGAUGAAGAUCAAGGUCUUGCAGCGGAGCGAGCAGGACUACUUGGGUGCCACUUCCAGUGACAUCACGCGCCACUUCCGGAAUGCUGAUCCUGAUUUGCAUCCCUUCGAACGUGCUCGAGAGUACCAGCGCGCUCUCAAGGCCGUCAAGCUGGAGAAGCUCUUUGCCAAGCCUCUCGUCAAGGCGCUGGAGGGUCACACAGACUCUGUGAAAUGCAUGGCCGUGGCCCGCAUUGCAGCAGCGCCGCUACUGACAGGAAGCUGCAAUGGCGAGUUGCGCUUGUGGAAUAUGCAGCAUUUAGUCUGUGGGAGCUCGGUGACCAAAGCUCAUGAGGGCUUCGUGCGUGGUGUGACCAUGAAUCCCGAUGGCCGCCGGGCUAUUUCCUGUGGAGAUGACAAGGCCGCCAAGAUGUGGGGCAUCGGCAAGAAGGCCUGCACGAUCUCGGAGGAGCCGCAGGCGACCUUUCACAUGGCCUACAUCCCUGGCGCCAUCGAUCACCACUGGCGGAGGCCCAUGUUUGUGACUGUGGGCGAUACCGUGGAUGUUUGGGACUACAAUCGAUCUGCGCCUUUGAGCACCUUCGAAUGGGGCUGCGAGCGAGUCAUCACAGCUCGCUUCAACCCAGCAGAAGCGGCGCUGUUGGCCUCCACAGCCGUUGACAGAUCCGUGGGACUGUACGACUUGCGAGAAAAUUCUCCCAUUCGAAAGGUGGUGCUCAAAAUGCGAUCCAACGGCAUUUGCUGGAAUCCCAUGCGGCCUAUGAAUUUUACUGUUGCGAAUGAGGAUUGCAGUCUGUAUACCUUCGAUAUGCGGAACUUGUCAGCCGCCACAUGCAGACACUGGGACCACGUGAUGGCUGUUCUUGAUGUGGACUAUGCCCCCAGUGGCCAGGAAUUCGUCUCUGGGAGCUAUGACAACACCGUGAGGAUUUGGGAUUGCAGGUCUCAGCGCUCCAAACAGGUCUACCAUGGCAAGCGCAUGCAGCGAGUGCUUUGCUGCCACUUCACCCCAGAUGGCAGAUUCGUCCUCUCCGGCUCUGAAGAUACCAACAUCCGGGUUUGGAAGGCCAAGCCGGAUCAGAAGCUGGGCGUGGCCACGCCGCGAGAGAGCAGGGCAGAGGCGUACAGAGAAACAUUGAAGCAGAAGUUUUCUAGAAUGCCAGAGAUUGCGCGCAUCAAGCGGCACAAGCACGUCCCGAAGAUGAUCAAAUCGCUUACCGACAAGCGGCGCGUGAUGAGGGAGGCCCGGCAGCGCAAGGAGACCAACCGCAGGAAGCACUCCAAGCCCGGAACAGCGGAGCACGUUCCCAUGAAGUUCCGAAAGGGCCUUCGGUUGAAGGACAAUGCUGCCCUGGUAGAGGCGUCCAAAGGCGGCUUCAAGCACCUGUGUCCAGUCUUCAUCAUCGAUCCACACUUCGGGCCGAGCCACGUUGGCAUCAAUCGGUACAACUUCUUGCUGGAGAGCCUGCAGGAUUUGGACACGCAGCUUCGGAAUCGGUACCGUAGUCGCCUGCUGGUGCUGCGCGGAAAGCCCCAGGAUGUCUUGGGAAAGCUGCUGAAGAAUGGCCAGCCCUUGCUCAGAGCCAAACCGGCGAUGCUACUGUGGGAGAAGGACACAGAGCCCUAUGCCAGGAAACGUGAUGCAGAAAUCGCAAAGUUGGCGGGAAAGCACGAGGUUGAGGUGCGGACGUUCUCAGGGCAUACCCUUUACGACAUAGAAGAGGCUCUGAAGAAAAACAAGGGAAAGGCGCCCACCACCAACAACGGCAUCGCGUCCCUGGUCAAGGCCAUGGGUGCCCCAGCAAAGCCCCUGGCGGCCCCGUCCAAGCUGCCGGCCUUGCCAACUGCUGUGGCCAAGCGGACUGCCUUCAAUGUUCCCACCCUCAAGCAGAUGGGCUACAAAGGCAGUGUUGUUCCCUGGGUCUCCGGCGGCGAAACUGCUGGCACGAAACGCAUGGCCUCCAUGCUGAAGAAAAAGUCCUACAUCAGAAAAUUCCGCAAGCCCCAGACCAGAUCCAGUGCUUACGAUCCUCCAGAUACUACCGUGCUGUCACCCUACUUGAAGUUCGGCUGCGUUAGCAUCCGUGAGUUCUAUCACGGCCUGCUCAAGGUCUGCGCUGGCUCGAGCCACUCCAAGCCUCCGGAGUCCCUGCUCGGGCAGAUCUACUUCCGGGAGAUGGCCCAUAUGAUGGGGAUGUCCAUCCCAAACUUCGACCGUCAGGCAGGAAACCCUAGCUGCAAGAACAUUCCUUGGGCCAAGAACAAGAAGUUUCUCAAAGCCUGGGAGCAGGGCAGGACCGGCUACCCUUUCAUCGACGCCUGCAUGAGGCAGCUUAAUCGCGUGGGCUGGCUGCACCAUUUGGCGCGCCACGCGGUGGCAUGCUUCCUCACCCGCGGGGACCUGUGGAUCUCCUGGGAGCAAGGACGAGAUGUUUUCGACAAGCUUCUCAUAGACGCUGACUGGUCGCUGAACAACAUGAACUGGCUGGGGCUUUCAGGGGCUGCGCCCUGGUCGCCCCCCUUCUUCCGGAUCUAUCAUCCUGUGCCCAAGAUGGACUCCUCGCUGAAUGUGAAGGACCCCGAGGGGAAGUUCAUUCGCGAAUUUGUGCCUGAACUUGCAGAUAUGCCGAGCAAGUACAUCUACGCACCUUGGACUGCUCCCAAAGAGGUGCAGAAAUCGGCGGGCUGCAUUGUCGGCAAGGAUUAUCCGAAGCCAAUCGUAGAUCACCAGAAAGCGAGCAAGGCGAACCUUGCCAAGUUCAAAAAGGCUUUGAAGGCAAAGGCUGCAGGCUCCAAGCGGAAGGCCAUCGCUCCUGCAUCUGCCCCGCUGUUCAAAAGGCAGCACUUGGGCGGUGAUGACCUCUUCAAGGCGGUGGACCCUAAGGUGAAGGCGGCGAUGACCAGGGAAAUCAACACCGGGACCCACGCAGUGAAGGUGGUCAUUCCUGGAGGCAAGAAGCGGAAGGCCUCUGCGAUGGAGGAGAAUCCUGAUGAGAUCGAGGGCGACACAGAGAAGGACAAGGUGAAAGUGGACGAGGAGGAUGAAAAGAAGGAAGGUAGCGAGGAUGAAGGUGCCGCAACAUCCAGCCUCAUCAAGAUCAAGGGUGGUGCAAAGGCAAAAGCAAAGGCCAAGGCCAGGAGCAAGAUGGUGGACGCUUCGCCGAAGGAAAAGGCCAAAGCCAAAGCGAAAGCGAAGGCAGAGGCAUCACCAAAGCCUGCGGGAAAGGCCAAGGCCAAGGGAAAAGCGAGAGCCAGAUGA